AUGGGUGCUCAUCAAUCGCGCCGUUCACAGUCACGUCGAUACUGCCAAUCGACAGCGGUGCCACCAACAAAUGUAGUACCACCGAUAGUAUCAGACGAUCAACCAAAAUCUUCAUCGUUAACGCCAAAUACUGAACUAAUAAGAAGGAAGAAACAUCGUCAAAUGGAUCGAUUAAGACGAACAUUAAGUUUUCGUAGUAGAAAAAAAGGAAAUACGACUAAUACUAAUAAUGAUAAUAAUCACUCCGGUUCAAUUACUACACAAACUAAAAAUGGCAAUAAUGCUACACCCACAACGACAACUUCGCCGUCAUCAACAACAGCAAUAACAACAGCAACAGCUGAAAAUAAACCUCCACAAUGGCAAGACGAUGAAAAAGCUGUACGCGCUGGUGCUUGCAGUUUUAAUGUUAAGUAUCUGGGAAGUGUUGAAGUUCAAGAGUCACGAGGAAUGAACGUUUGUGAACAAGCAAUACAAGCUUUAUUAAAUCAAAAAGGGAAACAUAUAAAAGCUGUUUUGCACAUAUCCGGCGAUGCACUUCGUGUUGUUGACGAAACCAAUAAGGGUCUCAUUGUUGAUCAAACAAUUGAAAAAGUGUCGUUUUGUGCACCCGAUCGUCAUCAUGAUAAAGGUUUCGCAUAUAUUUGUCGAGAUGGCACAACACGCCGUUGGUUGUGUCAUGGUUUUCUUGCAAUCAAAGAUUCAGGUGAACGUUUGAGUCAUGCUGUUGGCUGUGCGUUUCAAAUUUGUCUAGAACGAAAACAGAAACGUGAUCGGGAAUGUAGUGUUACUGUUGAAUAUUCUCAAAAUGGUUCAUCUUUUACACGUUUUGGUUCGUUUCGAACAACAUCUAUCACAGAACGUAUUAUUGAUCCACAAAGUUCUAUUAUAGCUGAACCAAUACCAUAUAAUUCAACAGCAACAUCAAAUUCAUUCAGUUCAUCUAUUCAAAAGAAUGGUGCCAUUGAAAGACCACGACCAAAAGGAACUGAUUCGGACACAUUUAUACGUAGUGCAUCACUUCGUUUAGGUGAUCUUAAUCAAACAUCAUCAUUAACUGGUUUUAAACGGCAGAGUUCAUUAAGACCGAGUGAUUUACCAUCAAUACAAGGAACAAAAUAUAGAGAUUUGCCUUCAAAUACGAUUCUAGAAGAAGUAGAACCUGUUUUAACAACAAACGAACUUAAUAAAUUAUCAUUAAUUGAUUCAACAAAUACAAAUCAAGUUAACCCUGCUCCUCUACCUAUAAUAAAACCUGCAUUCACUCCAUCUUCUUUAAUGACAAAUACAACUAAUAUUACAAGUAAUCAAAAUAUAUAUACAAAUGAAAAUUUAGCAUCAAAUAUUUGGUUAACCAAUCAAGUUUCAAUUCCUAUUGAUCAAAUACAAGACCAGUAUGAUUUGAAGCCACCCCUACCACCACCAACCUCAAUUAAUGAUGCCUUCAAUUCAAAUUUAAGUGCUCUUGUUCAAAGUAAUAAUCCAACAAAUCCAUUUUCACCAUAUGGUUAUUCGAUGGCUGCUCAAGCUCAAUCUCCAAAUACCAAUCACCGACCACCAGCAAUAUUCACACCAAAACGCGGUACGAAUCCAUUUGAUGACGAUCUCAUACGACGAUGA